AUGCGAUCAAAAAAAACUUCGUCAACAAUAAUGUUGACAGUGUUUGUAAUGUGUUGUUUUCUGCUAAUGUUCAGCUACAUAGAUCCGGUCCCAAAUAUUAAAAACACACAGAUUGACUUACCAAACUUUUAUAACACUGAUGACUUUGAAGUGCAAAAAUACACGUGGAAGUGCGAAAAUGAAAAAUGUGUUAAAUACCCUGUCGAAAAUGAGGAAACGUCUCUAAUGACCUGUAACAUGUUGUGCUCACAACCUCCAAUUUGGCCUAAACCGGCAGAGAUAAAAUCAACAAAUCGCAAAUCCUCGAUUAUUGAUAAAACAAAAAUUCGUUUUAACUUAUUUUGUCAAGGUCUCGUGAAGAUUAUGUUGCAAAAUGCUACCGAUUUAUUCAUAAAAAGCCUUGAAUUUCUAAAACCAGGAAACCAGUCCAGUGGAAUUGAAUUAAACAUAAAUAUAAUCCUGUCUGAUAACACCGACAAGCUAAAAUUGAAUACCAAUGAGAGUUAUGAGUUGACAGUCCAAGAAAAGAGUGCAAAUAUCACAGCUUUGAAUUUUUUCGGUGCUAGACAUGGACUAGAAACGCUAAAUCAACUCAUUUGGUACGAUGAAGUGAUUAAUGAGUUGAGGAUAUUGCACGAUGUUGUGAUAAGAGAUUACCCGAAAUUUCCCUAUCGAGGUGUGAUGAUUGACACCGCCCGAAAUUUUUUCCCAAUUAAUUUAAUCAAAAAAAUAGUCGAUGGUAUGGCAAUGACUAAAUUAAAUGUCCUCCAUUUGCACUUAACUGACGCUGUGAGCUUCCCAAUAGUGUUACCACGGGCCCCCCAAUUGGCCUAUUUCGGCGCGUACGGCCCUGAUAUGGUCUACACACCUGAGGAUAUCACAGAUUUGAGACAAUAUUCACAAAUUCGGGGAGUGAGACUCGUGCUUGAAAUAGAUGCCCCAAGUCAUGUCAACGCUGGAUGGAAUUUCAACCAAAAAUUUGUGAUUUGUGGCGACGACAUUUUAAACGGUCAUUUGAACCCAGAUAAUGAGGAAGUCUUGCAAGUUUUGGAGAAUAUUUACACAGAUUUGUUGGAUUUAAGUGAGGAUAAUGAAUUAUUUCAUCUUGGGUCCGAUGAAGUUAAUUUAACGUGUUGGGGACACACGAAAAAAUUUUGGGCCCAAUUCACGAAUAAAAUGAUUCAAAGACUCAAAAACGCCAAUAAUGGUCAAUUACCUGAACAUGUAAUCAUGUGGUCAAGUCCUUUGACUGAAUCUUUGCAUUUCGAAAAAUUAGAAGUCAAAGUCACUGUGCAAUUUUGGCUCGGUGACCCUCGUAGUAUCCUCACCCAUGGGCAUCGCAUCAUCUACUCAACUGUGGGUCAUUGGUACUUGGAUUGCGGUUUUGGCCCAUGGAAGCCCAGUAUGGGUGGUGGCGUCUGCGACCCGUACACCCCAUGGCAGAAAUUUUACCAUUACCGCCCAUGGGGGGACCACAACCACCAGGAGUUGGUGCUAGGAGGUGAGGUGUGUCUCUGGUCGGAGCAAGUCGGAGUCGAUGAUUUGGAGACUCGAGUUUGGCCCCGAAGUGCAGCUUUUGGGGAACGCAUCUGGAGUGACCCUUCCACUAGUGACAAUUACGAUAUUUACACAAGAUUUGUGACGUUUAGUGAGAGACUCAAGAGUCGGGGAAUUAAAACGGCGGCGAUUUGGCCAUAUUGGUGCUCCCAGAAUCCAGGCAAGUGUUGAUUUGGUCCAGGGGCGGAUCCAGGAAUUAAUUUUGGAAGAAGGCUAUCUAAAAAUUUUUAAAAUGAUGAGGGUAUACAGUGA